GCCGUCACCGCGGGGACCUUCCCGCCUCGCGGCCGCCUCCCCGCGCCGCGGCCGGCCGGGUCUUCUGCGUGUUCCCGGGCCCGGUGCGGGCGCACCAUGCGCGGGGCUGCGUUCUGAUCGCCGCCGCCUCCGCCGCGAUGAUCCCGCCCGAGCCCCCUCAGCAGCAGCAGCAGCAGCUGCAGCCGCAGCAGCCGCAGCAGCAGCAGCAGCAGCAGCAGCACCAGCAGCACCAGCAGCUGCAGCCGCCACCGCCGGCCCCGCCGAACCAUGUGGUGACCACCAUCGAGAACCUGCCGGCCGAGGGCAGCGGCGGCGGCAGCCUGUCCGCGUCCUCCCGGGCCGGCGUGCGCCACCGGAUCCGCAAAGUGCUGAACAGAGAGAUGUUAAUCUCCGUGGCUCUGGGCCAGGUGUUAUCCCUCCUCAUUUGUGGAAUUGGCUUGACCAGCAAGUACCUGUCAGAAGAUUUCCAUGCCAACACACCAGUCUUCCAGAGUUUCCUCAAUUACAUUCUUCUCUUCUUGGUCUAUACCACCACACUAGCUGUCAGACAAGGAGAAGAAAAUCUCCUGGCAAUUUUACGACGAAGAUGGUGGAAAUACAUGAUCUUGGGACUUAUAGACCUAGAAGCAAAUUACCUGGUGGUCAAGGCUUACCAGUAUACAACUCUAACCAGUAUCCAGCUCCUGGACUGUUUUGUAAUCCCGGUGGUGAUUUUGCUGUCCUGGUUUUUCCUGUUGAUCCGGUACAAGGCUGUACACUUCAUUGGCAUCGUCGUUUGCAUCCUGGGAAUGGGCUGCAUGGCCGGAGCAGAUGUGCUUGUGGGAAGGCAUCAGGGAGCAGGGGAAAAUAAGUUGGUAGGGGACCUUCUGGUGUUAGGAGGAGCCACUCUAUAUGGGAUCUCUAACGUCUGGGAAGAAUAUAUCAUCCGAACCCUCAGUCGAGUGGAAUUUCUGGGAAUGAUUGGACUCUUCGGUGCAUUUUUCAGUGGAAUUCAAUUAGCUAUAAUGGAGCACAAGGAGCUGUUAAAGGUGCCCUGGGACUGGCAAAUAGGGUUGCUCUAUGUAGGCUUUAGUGCCUGCAUGUUUGGUCUUUACAGCUUUAUGCCCAUUGUCAUAAAGAAAACCAGUGCAACUUCAGUCAACCUCUCCUUGCUCACAGCAGACCUGUACAGCCUGUUCUGCGGAUUGUUUCUUUUCCACUACAAGUUUUCAGGACUAUAUCUCCUGUCCUUCUUCACGAUUCUCAUCGGGCUGGUGCUCUACUCCUCCACGUCCACGUACAUAGCCCAAGACCCUCGGGUAUACAAGCAGUUCCGCAACUCUUCAGGACCUGUUGUGGACUUACCAACCACAGCCCAGGUGGAGCCUUCGGUUACCUAUACCAGCCUGGGCCAGGAGACAGAAGAGGAGCCCCACGUGCGUGUGGCCUAAAUAAGGCCCUCCCUGCCCACUGAGGACAUCUCAGUGGCCAUGUGCUUGCCCAUCAUCUCUGUAUUGUACAUAGAGAAAGGUAUUUCUUAGGUGCAGUUUACACGGGUGGACUGCAAGGUAGCAAAUCUGAAAGCCUGAAUAAGGCACAAGCUAAACGUCCCAGGAGGCAGAGUCUCUGAUCCGCCUGACUUGGAGAAAAGUCUAGUUAGCGUGUAUCCUGACCACAUCCCCAACCCUGCAUUAAUUACUGUGAAAUUUUUUAAUCACAACCAAGUAUUAUUAUUAUUUGUAUUAUUAUUGUUACUCUUAUUACACUUUCAGGAGGAUGUUUUGUACUCCUGAUGGGAACUAUUGCCAGAUCUCCACGAAGUGAACAUAAAUCCCACUUUUCUAUGGCAAGUCCCUUUUGAAAAAUCAUCCUUUCUUUCUUUGUCUCACAGUCCAUGUGAGUGCUGCAUGCCACGGAACUCCACCCCUGUGAAGUUUCUUUGCCCCCUGGACCGGUAGCUAAUGGUUUCCUCUGUUACCUGUUGGAUUACCUGCUCAAUGUAUAUUCUGCGCUAACCCUUGUCGGGAGGGGCAACUGACCAUACAAUUCUCUAUUCUAGGAAUAGAUAUGAAGCAAACAUUUUAGCCUUUUUAUAUUUAAAUCUCUGAUUACUCCAGGCCUUCUGUUAUGCCAUGUGAUUAUGCUAAUCAAGUCCCUGUUAUAGCAGAUUAAGGAAGUCUUAUGAGAAAUCCUGGAAGUAAUAUCAUAUGUGUUCAGGGUAAUAAAUAUUUUUAAAAAUCUCUUUGCAGGGCCAAAACAAUAGUAUAACUGGAAGGACACUUACCUUGUACAUGGCCAACCCAGGUUUGAUCCUCAGCACCCCAUAUGACCUCCGAGCCUUCCAGGAGUGAUCCCUGAACACCACCAGUGUGGCUCACAAACAAAAAUAAAAAUCUUUCUGCUCCUCCCUAGACCCAUGUUCUAAAAAAGGUCGGAUUUUCCAUUUUUCUUAGAUUUCUUUAGUGAUAACAUAAUAGUUAAUUAAUCAAGGCAAUGAAAAGACCCAUGGCAUUCUGUCCUCUUAAUUGUGUGACAGUUAUUUGACACACAGCAGUAUGGACAUUAACUUUGUUGUGGUGUAUCUUUGGUGGUAUAUGGUCUCACCACUAGUCAAGUACCUGGUGUUGAGUACCAGCAACAGACUGACUGACUGACCACAUUGUGGUGGUAAGGAUGUCACCAAUGGAAAAAUCUUGCAUUCAGGUCAUAUUUGGCAUCAAUUCCAUUGCAGAAUAUAUCAGCUUAACAUUUUGAUGGAAACAGAGAAUGUCACAGGAUUCCUGAUAAGAUUUUGGGUCAUUUUUCCUGAUAAGGUUUUGGGUCCUAAAUAUUUGCCCUUCUUUGGAUCAGUAAUCUAACUUCUUUGCUCUUAAAAGUUCUAUUUUUCCAAACAUAACAAAUCAAGAAAUACUGCUGAUUUCUAUGAUUCAGAAUAGACCCUACAUGUCACAUUAAUAGUGUUUAAGUCUGGCUUAAAUACCAUUAAGAAAGAUUCUGUAUGAAGUUACAGUUUGUAUUAAUAAAUUAAUAUUUGUGAUGCUUUUGCAAUUCAAGUCAAUUCAUCCAAACAAGCAGGGCAAAACUCUAGACAGUCUCUCUGUGAAGUUAACAGCUCAGCCAGGAUUCCCAUAGAGCCUGAAUAAAGCCUAAACACUGCACUCAAGAGUGCCCCAGGCUGUCACUCAGUAUCCAUGUGGCCUCUCUACCUGCCUAUUACCCACCCAGUCGUUUAGAUGCAUCAGUGGAGAAGGGGCCAACAGAUUUCUUCUUGGGCAAGAGGGGGUGGGGGUGGGGGAGUGGUAGUAAUGUUAAAGCUAUUUUGAGUCAUUAACAACUUUGCCAAUAUGUGCUCUCCGCUACCUUUUAAACCAAUUAAAUACCUUUCUCUGAAUAUUUAGUCCAUUCACAACUGAAGACCUUUAAAGACUGUGGUUUUAUUUUGUGUUUACACUCCUUUGGUUUGCAUAAUUUACUUGAUUUGUUGCAUUUUUUAGUAUUUAUUUUUAAGCCAAAUGUCUUAUCCUCUUUUAAUUCAUUUUUAUGAUACUAAUUUGUAGGCACUUAGUAAAGUCUUAUGAGAGAUAAGUGAAUGAAAGUAUUUCUAAGUCAAUUCAGUGAACUGGGAAUUUUUUUAAUUUAAAUUUCAAAUGGUUUGCAGUCAAAAUAUGGCAAAAAGCUGCAACCUGAACUAUAUUGUUGGAUGUUUUAGUGAACUCUAUUGUAUGGAAAUCAAGUAUGAAUUCUAAGAUAACUUCAUUGUACCCCUAUCAUUCUGUGUCCUGCACACAUGACUUUCAUAUCACUGGGGUACCUCAUCCUGUCGGUUUAUCUCCAUCUAGAAAGGCUGAUAAUAUAUUGAAUUAUCUGAGAUCAGGGGGUUCCAAAUUGGCCUUUUGGAAAGGGAAAAGAAAAAAUAGCAAGAACAAACUUUUUUUUCUGUGUAAUAACAUUGAUCCUAGGGAGUGGGGUGGGAAGUGGGAGUAGGACAUUAACUCUAGCUGUUUUAGUUUCUGAAAUUUCAUAACCUCUGUAGACACCAGCAAAAUUUGCAGCUUCUCAGCCCACAACUACUCUCCCCUCCACAAAUGAGACACUUGCCAUUUGCAUCGCAUUUGCUUGAGUAAGCAAACCACAGCUUUCCUAAACCCACUAGAGACCGCUUGGGGUUCUCUCUUCUUCCAUGAAAACUUGCACUGGGGACAGAGCUUGCCUUAGUCCCACCUACCCAUAGCUCCAAAAUCAGGAAUACACCACCAGGUGGAGGAGGCAAGGAAAAAAAUUGCACCACUGUGUCCCAUAAAGAUGUUUCAAUGUUUAGUUUAGAUAUUGCUAACUUGUGCUAUUAACCUUUUGACAAGUGUGUAGUAUUGUUUUGGGUUUGUUUUAUUUGAUUUAUAACCACUUAGUAGUCCUCAGCUAGCUACCAGUACAGAUUUUACCCCAUGGGUAGGAUGCUAUUGUCAAGCCACAUAACGAAGCACACUAAUCCCGACACUAUAAAUGGAACAUAUGAACCAAAAAGGAAAUUUACAUCGAUAAGUGGAACAAACUCUCCGUUUUUUGAUAUUUGCAUGCUCCCCAAUGGACUGGCUGUGGCAAUGUAAUGCCUGUAUAAUGUUUUCAAAUAAAAAUAAAUGCUUUAUGAAAGCA